AUGGCCGCUCGUGGAUUUCGCGGGGAGAAGGGCGGGAAGGCUGGCGGGCGGCAGCAAAACACCCGCGCUGGUGUAGGAAUAACAAUCGCCAUUGAGCUGCGCGCCGGUUAUAAGCCAAUCGUCACAGGACUGGAGGUUCGCUUUGACUCGCUGAUUAGGCGUCAAUCUAGUACCUCCGCGUGUGGCUUCCUUAGGGUGCACGCGAUUAUCGGCCUUAUUGCGUGCGCCCAGGGGGCGAAACGCCGCGCGCGGGCUAAUAAAGUGCUCAUUAGAACAGUCCCGAGGGUGGACCACCGCUGCGAUGGGCGAGGAUCGCGCAACGCCGGCAAAAAGCGAACCACCGAGUUC